GUAUUAAACUAUACACAAUUCUCUUUUCUUUAGAAAAUAGCUAAAUAAUAAGGUAAUGGAUGACAAAAGAGCAACAGAAAAAAACGAUAUCGGAGCACUCACUGAUGACCAACAAACAAAACUAAACAGUUUUAAGGUUAAAACAAGAAUAAGCAAUGAAAAGUAUCUGAGAGAUCAUCCAGAAGUUGAUUGUCUCAUCCAGAGUUUUGUAAGUGAUGUGUGUAAUAAAAGACCUCAGAACGUUCGAGAAUUUGCUGCAGAUUAUUUUACGGACCCAGAACUUGCUCUAAAAAUUAAAGCAAUGACUCAAAAGAAACAAUCCGCUGUGAAGAACUCACAGAAUAAGCAGGUGUAAAAAAGUUUUGAGAUGUAAAGUUUAAGCAAAAAAUAUACCAUAAAAGCUGAAAUGCGCGUUUGUUAAAACUUCACCUUUCUAAAAUUAUAACUUAGCAUUUGAGAGAAGGUUGCUAUAUUCCAGAGAUUUUGCAUAAUUCUUUCUUUAAAAAUAUUCCUGUGUCUGUAUAACGUUGCAAUGAUAAGAAACUCCUGGAAUGUAAUUUUUCCAAAUCAAUUUUUUGCCCAGUUCAUUCGUCAGGUUGUUGAGACCGUUACACUUUUUCUCAUUGAAAUUUCUGUUUUUGUCGAACGAUAUUACCCUUUGGAAAAUGUCAGAAAACUCGAAGAAUACCUUUCAAAAAGUCCUUGAACACUCUUUAUUAAAUACAGGAGUAAAAGGAAUUCAUAAAAUAUUGUAAGGGAGAGGGCGCUUUCAUUUAAGUGGGCGUUUAUAAAGGUUUUUUACAGAGGUUUUUACCAGAGUAUUUUCGGGUGGGCGUUUGUUUUAGCUGAUGUUUUUAUUCCAGCUUUUACGGUAUUUAAUAUAUUUCACUAAUAAUAUUAUAUAUAGUUAUUAUUUAGUUUUUAUUUAUUUUGUUUAUAUUUUAACGAAAAUCAUUGUAUUCGCUGUAUAUGAUGUUUUAAUAAAAAAAAAGAGAUUUUUCUAAAAAAGUAAAAAUAAG